AUGACAUCUAAAUCAAAGGCCCAGUUAGCAGCCCUGCCAUGGACAGAGAUCCUUGCGUACUGGUUGCUGUCCUUUGGAUCUCAUCUGUAUUCUUUCUACCAACUGCACAGGUUCUCCAAAGAGCAUGAAGCAGGAUUACAGAGAGAAUUCCAGUUGGAAAAAGGCCUUGUUGAGGGUUUUAAAAGGGACCCAUCAGACUUUGAGUGGAGUUUCUGGACUGAAUGGGCCAAGAAGUCUUUGCUGUGGACUCUGAUUGGUCAUGGCGUCAUAUCGAGAUUGACCAGCAUCUUUUACCCCAAGUUUAGAGUGCCAGCACUCACGAUAUAUGGCCUUUUAGCAGCCAGUAGUGUGUUGGGGAUUAAAGGAGUGACUGUGCUGCUGGUACAUCUGGGCCUGUCCUUUUCAGUGGCCCAACUGCGAAAGCCUGCUCUGUCAUGGGCCUGCAACCUGCUGCUGCUCUCCACACUUCACAUCCAACCACUUCAAGAAAUCCAGAGAGGCUGGUAUAAGACCGAGGAGGAGUACUAUUUGCUGCUCUUCAGUGUUGCUGUCUGUGGUCUACGCUUCAUCAGCUUCAGCCUGGAGCACUGCUGGUGCCCUACAGAGCGUGGUGGAGUUGUGCAGCUCUGCUGGUUGUUUUCAUACACCUUCUAUCAUCCCUUUUUCUACAAUGGACCCAUUAUCACGUACAAAGACUACAUUGAGCAGAUUCAGAGGUCUUCUGAGGAGUGUGCCGGGGACGAAUCUGUUUUUAGUUACCUGGUGCUCAGAUCAGGGCGGAUCAUACUGUGGUGGUGCAUCGCAGAAUACAUGAUCCACGUAAUGUACAUGCACUGCAUCCAGUCUAAUGAGACCUACUUAGAAAUCCUUCCUCCCUGGGCCUUGGGAGGUAUGGCCCUGGCCCUCGUCCAGUUCUUCUAUGUGAAAUAUCUGGUGCUGUUCGGCUUUCCAUCCAUGCUGGCUUCUUUGGAUAAACUAGUUCCCCCAAAGCUUCCUCGUUGUGUCAGCAUCAUGUACAGUUUCACAGGGAUGUGGAGGCACUUUGACGAGGGCCUGUAUCGAUGGCUCAUCAGAUACAUCUAUGUACCACUGGGAGGUUCACGGCAUGGUCAUCUUUACAAAAUGUUAUCAACUGGCCUCGCGUUUGGAUUCGUCUGCCUCUGGCAUGGCGGCCAUGACUACUUACAGUACUGGGCCCUGAUGAAUUGGGCCGGAGUUGUGGUGGAAAAUGGACUGAAGUCUCUCUUUGCCUCAUCCGUUAUUCACUCCAUUGUUGAGCGGUAUAUCUCUGCGGCGAUGGAAAGGCGCUGCAUCGCCCUACUGUCCGCCUUCUCCACUGCCAUGCUCAUCCUCUCUAAUCUGGUGUUCCUCGGGGGGAUACAUGUUGGCAGAAUCUUCUGGAAGCGCGUCUUCAUUCAAGGCUGGUCUACCGUUGCCCCGCCCAUGCUGGCUUUCCUCUACUGCUUUGCUCAGAUUGGACUUGAGUGGACUUCUCACCCACCGUGAGUCACCUUGACUUUGUAUCGGAGCGAGAAUCCCUGCUACCGAACGGCCAGAGCAACCUGCUGAGUCCGGUGCCUUGUCCUCACCAGCCAGAGUCUCUGUGGCGAUCCUGGCUGGCAGCCACAGAACCCGUCCAAACCUGGCUGAAGUGCAGCUGAGCAGCCACUUUUCACAACCUGCAAGAGCAGGCAAAAUGUGUCUGUAAGCCAAGACUUUAAGGAUCAGUGCUGUUUCUCUCUAAGGAGAGUUUCCUACUUUGUGGAAAAUGUAAGUGCACACAAGCUGUAGUAGAAUGAAAUGCAGGACAGACUUGUAUCGGAGCCUUGGCAUUGUUGAGGCGUGUUUUCUACCUAAUUAGCUUCACUGAAUCACUGAUAUUCUAAAAAAACCAUAAAGAAAAUAUGGACCUGAAUGUGUCUUGGUUAUAUGGCUCUGAUAAGGUAUUGCUCAGUGGUGCGGUAUACCGGAGAUAUGUUAAUCUCAUAUUUACCGUCCUCCUUUAGCUCGCCACAAAAGCAUUUGUGUAUUCAAAGGGAGACAAAAGGCACAGAGGACUGAAUAGAGCAGCAGGAACCUGAUCAAUGUCAUUAUUUUCCCUUACAGAUGUCAUUUGGGUGAGGGAGAAUCCCACUAAUAUUAGGAGGUCUAUUGCUGAAGCUAUUGAAAGCUAUUAUUUAGUAAGGAUGUAAAAAAACAACAAUCCGUUUGUUUUGUGCUAAUGUGUUGUUAUAUAAUGCAUCGUACUGUAUCUCCAAAUGUCAACAUGUACAAUACCUCAGUUUGGAUUAAAACCUUGUAUUUCAAGUUGUAUUAUUAUAAAUAUGCAUCCAUGUUCUAAUGGAUAACCACACAGUA